AGAUUAAAUGCCACUGUAAAUAAAUAUUACAAGGAAUAAAGAGGCGUUGGGGGGAGUGGGAUGAUGAUGGCAUUUUGAUCUCUCUCUCUCUCUUUUCUCUUUUCCUUCUUUCUCUUUCCUCUCUCAACUGUCAGCAAACUUGCAUCUCUUCAGACUACAGUCACAUACCUCGGAUUGAGUCUCAAAAGUACAAAAGCCAUACACAAUGUCUGACUCUCAACUCGCUGAUAUCGGUCUAAUCGGUUUGGCCGUCAUGGGCCAAAACUUGAUCCUCAACAUGAACGACAAGGGAUUCAAGGUCUGCGCCUUCAACCGAACUACCUCCAAGGUCGACCGAUUCCUUGAAAACGAGGCCAAGGGUACCAACGUUAUCGGCGCCCACUCGAUCGAGGAACUCUGCUCCAAGCUCAAGACCCCUAGGCGAAUCAUCCUCCUCGUCAAGGCUGGACCUGCCGUCGACGACUUUAUCUCUCAACUUGAACCUCACCUCGAAAAGGGAGACAUCAUUAUCGACGGUGGAAACUCUCACUACCCUGACUCUAUCCGACGAUGCAAGGAGCUCGAAUCCAAGGGACUUCUCUUUGUCGGAAGUGGUGUCUCUGGAGGUGAAGAGGGUGCCAGAAACGGUCCUUCUCUCAUGCCUGGAGGAAGUGACGCCGCUUGGCCACACAUCAAGGAGAUCUUCCAGAAGACUGCUGCUCAGGCUUACGGAGAGCCAUGCUGUGACUGGGUCGGACAGACUGGAUCCGGACAUUACGUCAAGAUGGUCCACAACGGUAUCGAGUACGGUGACAUGCAACUCAUUGCCGAGACCUACGACAUUCUCAAGCGAGGAUUGGGCCUCGAACACGCCGAGAUCGCCGAUAUCUUCUCCAAGUGGCAAGACGGAGUCCUCAACUCUUUCCUCAUUGAGAUCACUCGAGACAUUCUCCGAUUCAACGACACUGACGGUGUCCCAAUGGUCGACAAGAUUCUCGAUGUUGCCGGUCAAAAGGGAACUGGAAAGUGGACCGCUAUCAACGCUCUGGACCUCGGUAUGCCCGUUACCUUGAUUGGAGAAGCCGUCUUUGCCCGAUGUCUCUCUUCCCUCAAGGAGGAGCGAGUCAGGGCCAGCAAGGUCAUCGCCGCUCCUGCCAAGCAACCCUUCCAGGGCGACAAGCAGCAAUUCAUCGACGACCUCAUGCAAGGUCUUUACGCCUCCAAGAUCAUCUCUUACGCUCAGGGAUUCAUGCUCAUGCGAGAGGCUGCCAAGGUUUACAACUGGACCUUGAACAAUGCCGGUAUCGCUGCCAUGUGGCGAGGAGGAUGUAUCAUCAAGAGUGUCUUCCUUUCCGACAUCACCGCUGCCUACCGAGAGAACCCAGAGCUCGAGAGUCUGCUCACUAGCCCCUUCUUCUUGAAGGCUAUCUCUCAAGCUCAACCUGGAUGGAGACGUGUUGUUGCUCAAUCUACCCUCUGGGGAAUCCCCAUCCCUGCCUUCACCACCGCCUUGUCCUUCUUUGACGGAUACAGGACCGAGACUCUUCCUGCCAACUUGAUCCAGGCUCAGCGAGACUUCUUCGGAGCACACACAUUCCGUGUUCGACCUGGUAUGGAGAACGACCACAUGAAGGCUGGAGAGGACAUUCACGUCAAGUGGACCGCCAACUCGGGAGAUGUGUCUUCAUCCACUUACAACGCUUAAAAAAAAAACGAAUAGCUUGUCUUUAGAGAAUGGCACAUACCGGAUCAUACCCCAUCUGUGUCCUGUGAAUGAAUGGUGUUCCCUUA